CCAGUAUUCGCAAAUGGCAAUGUCCAGAAAAUGAAUGGGGUUUUCGGAAGAAGUGUGGAUGUCAAUGUUUACGUGUAUAGUGAACCCAAAUAUACCACAAUCAGAUGGUAUAAAAACACAACCCUUCUGAAGCAGUCAACUAAAUACAGUAUGACUGAAAACAUGAUGAUUGUUUAUGACGAUUUCCAUGGUAAAGAGGUACAACUUGAUGGGUACAAACUGAAUUUGGUUAUUAAAGAGUUGAGAUUUGAAGAUGCAGCUGUUUACAAACUACAAUUGUCAAAUGGCAUAGGACACUUAGUCGAGCACAAUCUGAUUCUAGAAAUAGGACAUAUUCCACAAACGCCUACAAAUAUCACUGUGGUGUCUGUUGGAGGUUCAAGCUUGACAAUACAGUGGGUCCAUGUGGAUGAUAGAGAAUUGCAUCUGGUGUAUCAUAUAGCAUAUAAACUGUCCAUUUCAUCAACCUGGAUUCGCAAAGAAAUGAUUACAAAAGAAACAGGCAACAAAGAACUACUAUAUACAUUGGCUGGUUUACAAACGUCAACUUAUUAUGAUGUUAGAAUUUUAGCGGAAAACAGUUUCAACAAAAGUUUGCCAUCAACAGUUAUCACAGCACAGACUCUCAGUAAAGAAAACACACCAAAUGCUAUUCAGUCCGCAUCCAUUCCAAUUGUGGCAUUGGGAACAUCGUCCACUAUUAUUACCAUUGUAGCUUGGCUCAUAGUCGGAUAA